AUGAAGGGAAAAUUAAGUUUUAAAAAGCAAGAGAGUUCAGAAGACCCUUCAACUGUUCCGUUGAACGUCGUAGUCAACGUCAGUAAUCAAGUGAACAGCCCAGCAGAAAAGAAGGAGAAAAAAGAGAAAAAGGAUAAAAAAUCGUGCCUGAAUAAACUAAAAGGUCUUUCGCUGAUUUUGAAGAUUGCGGUCGCUCUUCUGACAAUCCACGGAAUCAUCACGCCUUUGAUUCUUUCGAAAAUGAAUGCUCAUUCCGAUUCGCAGGACGAUUCUACCAUUACUAAAGCUUCCGAUACUCUCCGGCUUCAAAAAGAGAUCGAAGAACUCAAAAGCGGUCGCUCAUUGAUGGUUCUUUCUGGAUUGGACUCUCAAACAGUGUUUCUGAGCUAUGUUCUCAAAUCAGAUGGAAGCAAGAGUCCUCUGACAAUCAAAAUGCCUUCUUACACUUCUCACUACCUUUACCUUUCGUACUCUGCUUUGAUUCGCGGAAAAGUCUACAUCUUUGGUGGAGUAAAUGAAAAUGAUUUUCAUAUCGCGAUGAUUAACGACUGUGAAAUUGAGGAGUUAGAUGUAAAACUCAACAAUCACUAUUACUGGAAUGCUGCUGUUGUAACGGCAGCAGAUCAACAAUCAGCAUUGAUUUGCUUUGACGAAAAAGAAUGGAGAAACUGCGAAGAAUUCAACGGCAGCGCUGUUUCAAUAAAACCGGCGACGAAAUAUUAUCAUAGAAAUUCUUGUUUGGCGCUCUACCACGAUCACGCAGUCGCAGUCGGCUCCUGGGUUUCUGACGCCUACAAGAAAGUGGAGGAAUUCAAUGGCGAUUCUUGGUCAGAAUUACCAGAUUUUCCAAAAGCAAUUUUCAUGCAUUCCUGCAUUGGAGUUUACGACGGCUUUCUUGUCCUCGGAGGGAAAUACGAAGAAAAUGAGGAAUCUCACAGCUUAAAAGAUGUUUAUUUACUACGCGACUUAGAAUGGACUGUUGUUGGCCAGCUCAACGAAUAUCAUUUGUAUUCCUCCGCAGCGCGAAUCGGAAAUACGAUUUAUCUUGUUAGCGGCAGAAAUGAACCUUAUGCUGUGGAAAAACUGGAAUGGGAUGGAGAACAAAUUGCCUCGGCAGAAGUCGUCAACAAUCACUGGAGCGAAUUUCAUCGUCCGAUCGUUUUACCUGUCGAUGAAUUUUACUGUACAUAA